AUGGAAGACGAAACGUUCAGAAAGGAUAAUGAAUCAAUGAAGAAAGUCAGUUCCUCUUUACGUCUUUCAGUCCUUCUUUUCUUCUGUCUAAAUUCCUCUCGGAUUGAACUUUCUCCUUUUUCCCACUUUUUGGCUGUCACUUGUUUGCCUCCAAUAUUAUUUUCUUCAAUUCAUCUCACAUCUGAUACUCUUUGUAUUCCAUAUCUCACUCCUUUUUUCUUUAUUACUGGUCUUGACAUUCACCUUUUUCCCUCUUUCUCACCUUAUGCUAUUCUUUCUUUAUUUUUUAUUUCCGUCCUUCCAUCUUUUUCUUUAUUUCUUCCAUUUUCCUCUUCCAUCUUCUUUUCCCCUUUUCCUUCUUUUUCCAUCUUUCUUUACCCUUUUUCUUUUCCCUUUUCCAUCUUUCCCUUUCCAAUCUUUGCCUUUUCCCUUUUCCGUCUUUCUUUUUUCCUCUUUUCCAUCUUUCUCUUUCCCCCUUUACUUCUUCCCCUCUUUCCCCCUUUACUUCUCUCCAUCUUUCCCUCUUUACUUCUUUCCCUCUUCUCCCUUUACUUCUUUCCCUCUUUCCCCCUUUAUUUAUUCCCCCUUUACUUCUUUCCCCCUUUACUUCUUUCCUUUAUUUCUUUUCUUCUUUCCUUUAUUUCUUUCCUUCUUUCCUUUUCUGCUUUCCUCCUUCCCUUUUAUUGA